UAAGGUGAGGUUGAGUAGGUGGCUGAAUGGUGGUGCCACCUGCAACACCUGCCAGAGCCAGGUGGGCAUAAAGAGUCAGGGCCUCAGUCUGAUAUUCAGUUCAAGAGACGCUGUAGAAGGUGUGGAUCGGUCCCGACGCGGUCACUUGAAAAUCGUUACCAUUUAAAUUGUGCUCGUACGGUGAGGAAAAGAGUGUUGUGCUAGAAAUACGACUGAAAGUAUCUAGAAUCAUUUCCUGGUUGGUGGAUGUUGAAGGUCACUUGGUUCAAGUUUGAAUUGAGUAAUAAGGGGACCUUUGCGACGUGGGAGAGAAGCGGAACGGGUGGCAAACGAUGCCAAAGCAAUGCAGUUGACACAACGCGAAACGGUGUGGCUGGAAGAAAAGAGUACGCUGCAACACGGCUUCCAAGGAACCUGGACAUCGAGCGGUACUCGAGAGGAAUCCCGAAGCAUCGUAGAUACAAAAUCGUGCGACGCUCGGCACAAUAACUUCCGCAGGGAGAAGGUAACACGCGCGACGAGGAAACUGAACCUCGUGAAUUUCGCUGUCGCAUGCAAAUAAAGCGUUUCGAAGCGUGUCCGGUAGUCGAGCUGAAAACUUUCAAACACCUAUGCCAGCGCGCUUAAUUGAUAAUUAAGCAGCAGGGAGAGAGAGAGGGAGGAAAAUAAAAGGGAACGAGAAGAGGACGAUUUCCUCGUCGAAAGUAACCGGCUGAAGUUCACGGGGAAAACAAUCUUCCGCUCGAACAGAGAUAGUCGGGUGCAAAAAUUCAAUUGCGCCGCUGAAUCACGACUGUUUGAUAAAGAAUCGUCGACAAAGGGGAAAGAAAUCUCGUUGAACGGCAGCAGGAAAAUGGUUUUGUCCCGUUGUUUGCUUGACCAGGUCAGUUCCGGUUUAUAAUCUUCCGACUAUCAAAUCUGUGAUUCGUUCUCUUUACACCGUUGAUAAAAAGGUGAAAGGAAAUCGGGACGAACAAUAGCUCGUUGCGUUCGAUCGGUUCCUCGACUAAUACGGAUCGAAGAGCUCAAGUUUAAUAGAAAACUCGCAGGGAAAUCGGUUGCAACACUGGUUAGAUAAGAUCGACAAACGAGAGACUUCCAUUCUUAUCCUCGAGUGUCUAAUUGAAA